UUGGGAAGCGGAGGAGACAAAAGAAGUUAAAGAGCUGCUUAAUCGCUCCAUGUUUGGCAAGGCGGCGGCGCUGGUGACGGUGGCGGCGGCGGCGGGCAGGGGGAGGAAGGCUUCAGCCCCCGCCGGGCUGGCCCAGGCCCGGGCUACCCCCGUGCGGCUCCAUGGGCCAUUGGGCGGCGGUGGCGGCAUGGAGCCCGCGCUGAGUUGCAAGAGGAGCCCCAGCCUGCGCUUGGCCGACUCCCUCAGCAGCGGCAGCGGCGGCGGCGGCGGCGGCAGCAGCAGUAGCAGCAGCGCCACCGGCGGCGGCGGCGGCGGCUUCCAUCCCCUGCACCCGGGGGACUUGGGCUCUUCGGACCCGGUUGCUACUGCCCCCUUCGGGCCUGAGCACGUGGCGGCGGCGGCGGCGGCGGCUAUCAAGCUCAGCCCGGCUAGCCCCGAAGCGACUUUUGCCGCGGCCGCCUCUUUGCAAUCCACCGGGAGCGGACGUGGCGCCAACAGCGCGGCUCCCGCCUCGGCUAGUCAGCCUUACGCGGCGGCGGGCAGGGAGCUGGCCCUGCGGCGGGAGGCGGGCGUGCGGGGGGAUCCGCCGCAGCUCCACCAGCCCCCGGCGGCCGCCAGCUCGCCCAUGUUCAUCUCCUCGGCCGGCACCUACGGCGCUGGGGGGGACCUUCAUGCCGCCGUCUUCCCGGGCCUGCACGAGCACCCCGCCGGGACCUCCGGUGGGCACCACUCGCUCAACGGCCAGAUGCGCUUGGGGCUGGCUGUGGCUGCCGCCGCCGCCGCGGCGGAGUUUUACGGGCGCAUCGAGCCCUUCCGCCCUUCGCCCGCCGUCGCCGCUGGCUCCGAAGCGUCCUACGGCCCUGCGCCGCACGGCUAUCCGGUUAACUGGGCGGCGGCUGCCGCGGCUGCCGCCGCUUUACAGCAGCAACAGCAACACCACCGCUCUCACUCGCCUGCACAUGCGCAUCACGGGCCGCCGCCGCAGUCGCACCACGCGGGCGCCGCCGCCGCCUUCCUGCGCUACAUGCGGCAGCCCAUUAAGCAAGAACUGAUCUGCAAGUGGCUGGAGGCCGAGGCGGGCGGCGGCGGCGCGCCCCCCUGCUCCAAGACCUACAGCACCAUGCACGAGCUGGUCAACCACGUCACGAUGGAGCACGUCGGGGGGCCUGAGCAGAGCAGCCACGUGUGUUUCUGGGAGGAGUGUCCCCGCCAAGGGAAGCCCUUCAAGGCCAAGUACAAGCUGAUCAACCACAUCCGCGUGCACACGGGCGAGAAGCCUUUCCCCUGCCCCUUCCCGGGAUGCGGCAAGGUCUUCGCCCGCUCCGAGAACCUCAAGAUCCACAAACGGACUCAUACAGGGGAGAAGCCUUUUAAAUGCGAGUUUGAUGGCUGCGACAGGAAGUUUGCCAAUAGCAGUGACAGAAAGAAACACUCCCAUGUCCACACCAGUGACAAGCCAUACUUCUGCAAAGUCAGAGGCUGUGAUAAGUCCUACACACACCCGAGCUCUUUGCGAAAACACAUGAAGAUCCACUGCAAAUCCCCACCACCUUCUCCUACCCCAGGAUCUCAUGGGUACCAGCCUGUGGGGACAACCCUGGGUGCCCCCCUUUCCCCACUUCAGGACUCAGGAAGGGGUCAGCCAACCAGCCUUUCUCCUCAGGUCACCAAUCUCAAUGAAUGGUACGUUUGCCAGGCCAGUGGGGUGGCCAACCACCUCCAUACCCCAUCCAGUAAUGACACCUCUUCUGAGGAGGAAGAUGAGGAGGAAGAGACUUACGGGAACUCUGAGUCAAGAACUAUUCAUUAGAAGUCUAGAAUGGCAUAGACACGUGCCAUUUUUGUUAACUUGGUCUAUUUAUUAACUAAAUGAAACCCUAUGGUGUUUGUAUAUGUAAUUAAUUUAAGUCAUUGGACUUAUCUCUUUUUUAUUUUAUUAAAAAAACUUUUUUUAACCAAUCUGGAUUUCAAGAAUGACCCAACACCACAUUACUUUUCUGCCCCCACUCCUACCAGUCUAAGGAUAAUAGGAGAGGUUCAAUGCAUAGCUUGAUUUGCAAUUUAUGCACAGCCAGUUUGACAGUCCCAUGAAAAUGUUUUCUAAAAUAAAACCAGAAAUGUGGCUUAUGAAUGCAGUAUAAGUUAAUGGAUGCUCUUGAUGCCAGGAAUCAACUUUAUAAGCUUGCUCACCAAGCUUUGGAAGAGUUAUUUGUCAUUUGUAAAACUGCCAUUUAUUUUUUAUUUUUUAUUUUUUUUUACAUUCAUACAAUAGUAAUCUCUUUAUUUAGUUCACUGCCUUUGGUGUGUUUUUUUUUAAUUUCCUCAAGAUCUCAAAAUGGAGCACAUGAAUAUAAUCCUUGAACUGAUGUUUGCAUCAGACUAACACUAAUGUUGAAACUCUCACCAUUCCUAGUUAUAAUUGCUCCUUGAAGGUUAAUGCUAAGGGUGCUUAAAUAGAAGAUUGGGCCAUUGCUUUAAAUGCUGCUCCCUUCCAGGUAAAGAUUGUUGAGGGAAGGAGUGAGUGUUAUAAUCCCAAUUAAAAAAGAUUUCACAAAAAGCUGGAUUUUCUAGAUUGGGUCCCUUAUGCUAAAUAUUUAUAUUCAGAAUAUACAGUAAUUUGCAUUGAUCGAUUGGCUGGCCUCAGGACCUCAGUAUGUUUUUUCAUAUCUUUAGGUCCUUAGUUUUACAUGUGUCAUUUUUUAAAAUAAUUCUAAUUUUUAAAACUUUCCUGAACUCUAAUUUUGGGACUAGGGGAAAAAUAAACUACUGCUAGUGUUGGUGUAAAUGCUGCAAUUAUUUAUUAUUAUUUUAGGCAUUCAAGGUACGUGAAAGCAAUUUUCUCACUGCUUUCGGUGGUAUUUAUAGGCAACUAUUUUAGCAGGACUCAUAAGUUCUCCUUUUUUAAAAUAUUCCACCCCUGCCUAUUUCUUAGUUGAGACCAGGAAUCUAAAUAUACUAGCCACGCUGACUCAAAGUAUAAUAGAUUUAUGAGAGAGCAAUGUUUGGGAAUGGAACCCAAAGUAAAAGGUUGGAUCAAACCUCUCCCUCUUGCCAACAUCUUUCUUUUGAAAGAGUUGUGAUGCUGGAGAAACACAUUCUUUCUGAAAGAAUAUUUUUUACAUGAGCCAGCUUUUCAUCCUUGUUUAUACAAAGGUUUUAUAAGGGAUUUCAUAUUUCAUACCUGUAAUUAUAUGCAAUGAUUCAGUGACCAAAGUAAAUUGUCAUAAAUGGAUAAAUGGAAUGGGGUGGGAGUAAAGUAAAUUACCUUUGGCCUCGCUGCCAAGCCAUUCAAGGAAAAGGUCAUGGAACACUGACAGAUUCUGAUGUGGUUGGUAAAACAGCUCACAUGCAAAAUGAUGGUUCAUCAUAAACACCCUACAGAUUUUCUAAAGAGCACUAAUUUAUCCUCAGAGAUCACUGAAUAAGGAAUUGGUUGCCUACCUACGAUUCCCAGGGCUUGUAGAAAUGAGUGGGAGAUUUUGUUUUUUUUUAUGUGCCCAGAUUGUAAUAUGUAGUCUUGUCAUUGUUAUAAAUUGUUAUGUGGAAGUGAUUUAUUUUGUACAGCUAAAUUAAUUUAUUUUUUUUAUUUUUAGAUAUCAUUCCAUUCCCCCAUCCCCUUUUUCCUUUUUAAAGCAUACAGAAUACACCAAAGAAGAAUAUUAUACUUUUGGUGAAAACUGUCUAUUAUUCUGUGGUUUGUUUUGGAGAAAAUCUCACCCUAUUUUUCAAGUUACUUGAAUGAAUAAUGUAAUGUGAAAACAUAUCCUUUCUGCAUGUCUGCUGUGCAGUGUGUUGAUGUUUAGUAGUUUAUAGAUAUACUUGUUUUUAGUCCAGUGCAUUGUGCUGUCCAUCUGAAAGCUUUUAAAUGCCCUCAUCAUGUUGUUAUACAAAGAAAAGAAAGGACAGUUUAAUAUCUAUACCUAUAAGUAUAUAAAGGGAACUUGAAUACAAACCACUUUUAAACUUAUGUUUCCUUGUUUUCCAUUUCUUUAUUCGGAACCCAUUCAGAUACUAAGAAAAAUAAAAUGAAAUAAGGCACAGAGUUUCACAAGGUAAUUUAAGUAUGGACAUGCUUUAUUUUGGGAAAAAUGUCUUGCUGAUUUUAAAUGCAUUAUUUUUAAUUUAUACAUUUUAUUUUCUUGUCCUUCUCUUGGAAAGAAAAAUUGCACUAUUACAAGCCCUCGUGUUUUGCUUAAUGUGAAACUUAACAUCUUUAAAGGUACAGAAUUACUAGGCAAAAGAUACUUUGUUCCAAUGGACUUACUUCCAAAUAAUUGAGGUUAACAUUGGGGCUGUAGUAUUCUUUAUCUAUUGUGCCAUGGCUUUCUCAGCAUUUUUUUUAAUCAGGUAAAGUACCUCCUUCAUAUCUGUUAAUCUGGUCAUACAUAAGUAA